CGCAGCACUAUCCGUUCUACCUCGGACCGUAACGGCACGCUUGCUGCGCUCGCGCAACCGACUUUCGAACACGAUCGAUUUUUGAAAUUUAAAAUGUUUGCGAAUACAGUGCUCAGGUGAAAUUAACUUUGUGUUAGUGAGUGCUUCGGAACACAUUUUAUUGUGAAGGAUUUGUGCCACCAACAAAACCCCACCCAAAAUUUAAAGAUGGGUUGCAAACUAACAUUCGUCGAUGACAUCCUGAACAAAUCCUUCUACAAACUGGGCCUCAUAGUAGGAAGACAGCCCGGCUACUUCAUCAUCAUACCAGUGCUCUUAACCCUGCUGAUGAUCACCGGUUAUCAGAGGGUUUACUAUGAGAUGGAUCCAGAGUACUUGUUUUCACCAGUCAGAGGCCAGGGCAAGUUGGAAAGAAGAAUUGUUGAAGAGCAUUUCAAAGUUAAUUAUAGUCACAGAUUCAAUGUUGGGAGGAUUACAAGGCCGGGCAGAUUCGGCCGCGUGAUAGUCGUACCGAAAGACAACAACACGAACAUGCUGCGAACUGAGGUGUGGGAGGAACUACGGCAGUUGGAUGAGCUGGUGCAGAACACGACGGUCACCCUGCCUUCUGGAGAGACCUUCACCUACAGGGAGGAGUGCGCGAGGUGGGAGGGCCAGUGCUUCGUCAACGAUAUACUGAACCUGGACAAGAUUAUUGGCGAGGUGGAGCGUGGUGAACUAAACCUGACGUUCCCCAUCAUGUUCAACCCAGUGACCUGGGAGGCCCACGCCUUCCCAGUCUUCUUCGGGGGGUCCAAGGUCGUGGAUGACAUCAUCGUGUCCGUGCCAGCCGUCCAGCUCGUCUGGUUUGUCAGAACCGACACCAAAGUGCAGCAACAACGAGGUGCAGCGUGGGAAGACGCCUUCUUGGACGCAGUCGGAGUAGCAGAAGAUACGGGUCGUUUCAAACACAUAUCAGUUGCACGAUUUGCGUCCCGGACUCUUGAUCAUGAGCUGGAAAAGAACACGAGAACCGUCGUGCCUUUCUUCAGCUCAACCUUCAUAUUAAUGGGAAUAUUCUCGAUCUUAACCUGUAUGAUGGGCGACUGGGUUCGCUCGAAACCCUGGUUGGGUUUGCUUGGGAACAUUUCGGCUGUGAUGGCAACGGCUGCGGCUUUCGGAUGCGCCAUUUAUUUGGGGAUUUCAUUCAUUGGUAUCAAUUUAGCGGCACCGUUUUUGAUGAUUGGUAUCGGUAUAGACGACACCUUCGUGAUGCUAGCCGCGUGGAGGCGGGCGUCGCCGAAGCUGCCGGUGCCCGAGCGCAUGGCGGCCAUGUUGUCUGAAGCAGCUGUCUCUAUCACCAUCACUUCUGUUACGGACAUGCUGUCCUUCUUCAUCGGCAUCUUCUCGCCGUUCCCGUCUGUGCAAAUAUUCUGCAUGUAUUCUGGUUUGGCGGUAUGCUUCACUUUCGUCUGGCACCUGACUUUCUUCGCGGGCUGCGUCGCCGUGUCGGGGUAUCGAGAGAAACAAAACCGGCAUACCAUCACUAUGAUGAAAGUUUUGCCAGAAUCCAGAGCCAGAAAAGAAGAGAGAUCAUGGCUAUACAGAGUGUUCUGUAGUGGUGGCAUAGACCCGGCUGACCCAGAUAAUCCCGUGGACAAUAAAGAACACUGCAUUAUGGCGUUUUUCAAGACAACCAUGGCUGAUUUGCUUAACAAUAACGCUGUGAAGGCUCUUGUUUUAAUCGUGUUUUUGGCAUACCUCGCGGGGGCAGGAUACGGCGUAACGAAUCUUAAAGAAGGACUGGAACGAAGGAAAUUGUCUAAAGAAGAUUCAUAUUCUGUGGAGUUCUUCGACCGUGAAGAUCUCUAUUACAGAGAAUUCCCUUACAGGAUUCAGGUUGUAAUUAGCGGCCAAUAUAACUACUCGGACCCAAAAGUACAGGACCAAGUGGAAGAUUUGACACGAAGGCUGGAGAAUACUUCGUACAUAUCAAAUUCAUUGUACACAGAGUCCUGGCUUCGAACAUUCGUCGAUUACGUGUCCAGAAACAACGACUAUCUAAAUGUCACAAUUGAAAAUGAAAAGGACUUCAUUCAUAAUCUAAAAGAGUUGUGGCUCUUCCCUGCGAAUCCUUUCUCAUUAGACGUCAAGUUUAACGAGGCUGGUGAUCAGAUCGUCGCCUCGAGGUUUUUGAUACAAGCCAUCAAUAUCAGCGGCACCAACCACGAGAAGGAGAUGGUCAAAGUAUUGAGAGAUAUUGUUAAAGAAUCUCCACUGAAUGUUUCUGUUUUUCAUCCUUACUUUGUGUUCUUUGAUCAGUUCGAACUGGUGAAACCGACUUCCAUUCAGAAUCUAUGUUACGGAGCACUCAUGAUGAUGAUCACGUCUUUCAUAUUUAUCCCUAAUAUUUUAUGUUCACUGUGGGUGGCCUUCAGCAUAGUCUCUAUUGAAAUCGGUGUCGUUGGCUACAUGGCUCUCUGGGAUAUUAACCUCGAUUCCAUAUCCAUGAUCAACCUUAUCAUGUGUAUUGGAUUUUCCGUAGAUUUUACUGCUCACAUUUGCUAUGCAUAUAUGUCUUCGAAAGCAAAAUCUCCUAACGAUAGAGUUAGCGAAUGUCUGUACUCUUUAGGACUUCCAAUAGUUCAAGGAUCUUUCAGCACUAUUCUUGGAGUAGUAGCUUUACUCCUAGCUGACAGUUACAUCUUUUCCGUAUUCUUCAAAAUGGUUUUCAUGGUUAUAUUCUUUGGGGCAAUGCAUGGCCUCUUCCUUUUACCAGUACUUCUGUCUUUAUUUGGACCUGGAUCGUGCACUAAACAGGAAGACAUUAAAAUGGGAAAAGCAGAAAAAUUUCCCCAUCCAUACUGUAUACCUCAUCCACAAUUAGUUUUAAAUGACCAAAUAUUCAAUGGCAAGACUUUGAAUCCAAAUGGAAUUUACAAGAUUUAUGGAGACGAUAAAGAUUUAGGUAUAGGCACAUCUGGAGAAGACACAAGUGAAAGUAGUUCCAACCAAUCGCAGCGUAGACAAUUGGGAGAAGACGAAACUGGACGAAAAAAAUAUGAAGACGGCUGGAAAAGAUCAAGCUACUGCCAGAGCGGCAGCCAAUUCCAACCUUCAGGUGAAUUAGACCUCUACGGGCAUGAGAUGGACAGAACUUGGCAAAGACAACGCUAUGAAGACAACCGUAGAGUGUUCGACAACUACCGCAAAGCUCCCAGAUCGCGGGAUGACGACUGGGUGACGACUAGAAAAACAAGCGACUUGGGGCCUCGACGUGAAGGAACUUAUAGAGUAAUGCGGGCACAUUCACACCACAACUUGCACAGGCCCCGCGCACCACGGCGAUCUAACUCGCACCAAAACCUAGAGCACUUAGAUUAUGUCGCAGAAAUGAGAUUCCCUUGACGAAGUAUGUAUUAUUGGAGAGCUAUUACACUCUCUACAACAAUGUGCUCAAGUUGCGGACCAAAGUAUACGUUAUUUCGGAUGUAGUAAGCCAGG